GCUUUGCACAGAUAUCUUGAGUCUGAGUCUAACUUGUUCUGAUGAAUCGUCUGGGCGGUGUUGGCCUUGCUGCCCUUGAGAGGCAUCGUGAAUCGGAACGCUCCUUCGCAACCUUAUCGGACACAAUCUCCCGUGCUCAAGUUGACAGUCUCCGUUCACAACUCGCUCAGUUCCGCUCAGCAUUGCAGCAUUUUGCAUCUACUCAUAGAGAUAAAAUAAAGCGCGACCCUGCGUUCCGCCAUGCCUUCAGUCAGAUGUGCGCAAAUAUUGGUGUUGAUCCUCUGACUGACAGUGGUGGGAGUGGAGGGCGCAAGGGCGGCGGCGGAUGGUGGUCAGAAAUUUUAGGCCUAAGUGAUUGGAACCUCGAACUUGGAGUGCAGAUUGUCGACAUCUGUGUGAGCACGCGUGAGCGUAAUGGUGGUCUGAUUGAAAUGGCCGAACUCGUCCGUUUGCUGGGGAAAUUACGUGGGUCAGCUCGAAUUACCGAGGAGGACGUCGUACGAAGUAUUAAAACUUUGAAACCGCUCGGUGCAGGAUAUGAAGUCCUAGACAUUGGCGGGACGCGAAUGGUGCGAAGUGUCACCAAAGAACUAGACAUCGAUCAGGGUGUCGUGCUAUCCGUUGCUCGCGAGACUGGCGGACGCAUCACAGAACGUAUCCUCGCGGACAAAACCGGUUGGACAGUGAAUAGGGCCCAUGCCGCAUUGGAAAACAUGACAGUCCGAGAUGGUCUCUGUUGGCUCGAUGAACAAGACGAGCAAAUUGGUCGGGCAUAUUGGAUUGUAUCUGUCAUGCAGUGGGACGAGUAAAAUCCACUGGCAUGAAAUACUUUCUCUUAACCCGGUAGGGGAGAAAGCGAGGUGAUCAUAACUGGGACUGGGAACCCCAGAUGACGAGAGGCUGACGUAUAACGCCUUUGAUACCUAUCCGCUAAGAAGGCCCAGCGCGGUUUCUUUCUGUAGUAAAAAUCAGUGAAUGUGUGCAGCUUUGGACGUGCACCGAUUACAUCCAGGGUGGACGUAACCUAUUGAUCCGUCGGUUUGCACAAGAAUGAUAGUCCAACAAACCCAGUAAUUUGCUGGUUCCCUCUUAUGACGACGAUGAAGCUCACUUUGCUUCAUCGCUGGACACUACAUUGUCAAAGGGUUCCGGGAUUCGUCCGUCCUCUUCCCUCCUUUCUCUUCCGCUCCGUAUCUCCUUGGAUGGACCUAUACUUCUCUCGUCGUCGGUUCUUCGAGACUUCCUUCUAUGCCCCAUGUGGUAGGAGCGAAGUCGGGCUUAUCGACCUUGCGGAGGUCUAUCGCGUCUCUACAACAGUACGGAAGUACUCGAUCUUCCCGCACGUAACGACCAUCGAGUAUGUCGCUCCAGAGGACGAGGAGAAGCACUAUGUUGUGGCAACGAUCGAAUGGCGGUGGCCCUCGCCGAUCGCGAGCGUCAUUGAGAUCAACGAUAAGAAAUUCAUGCUCAAAGAUUUCUUGCAGAGAGAUUCGAACCUACUCAA